ACCAUAGAAGCGUGGGAACACCAUGUUUCAAUCGUCUUCAGGGACGAGCUCUGGCUCGUCGAGCUACAUGAGUCAGUCGUACACUGAGCCCGAGGCCGCUUUGGCCAACAACCCCCAGCCGGACGGUCUUGUUAUCGACCGCAAGACGCUUACCCCCGAGUUGCGUGAGAUCCUCGACCAGGUCGAUCGCGAUGGUGACGGUGACGUUGACGUGAACGAGCUGCUCAUGGCCUUUCAGGAGCUGCACCACACCAAGAAGUCGAACAAGCGGCUUGUGAAGAUCCUCAUUGUCGGCGCUGUGCUGUUCACCCUCACGCUCGGCGUCAUUUUUGCGCUCUCGGUGGCUGCCGCCGAGCUGGCCAAGGACACCAACAUCCAGUCGACGUCGAACUCGCCGGCGGUGAUGCGGACCAAGUCUGGCGGUGACGAGUACUCGUCGACGGUGCGGACGGCGACGGUGACGCCUGGCGUCAGCGUGGGUGCGACCUCGACUCCGGACUCCUCGGCUUCCGCCCGUGCGAUGCGCGCACGGAUGCGGGCUGCCCAGGGCCGUGCCAACGAGGUCGACCCGACCAACCUCAACGACAUUUGCGUUGCUUACGAGUCGAGCACUUCCGACUCGAUCAACUUUGAUGACGGCGUGGUCUUCAAGCACUCUGCUGCCAUCGAUGCCAUUCAGGCCAACCCGACGUCGUCGUUCGCGCUCUCGCUGCCUGUCGGCAAGGAGACAGUCGUCAUGCGGUUCAACCCCAUUGGGAUCAAGAAGCUCACCACCGACGAGGUUGAGGAGAUCCCAGACGGCACUGUCAUCUCGGCCAUCGAGAUGAGCCUGGUGGCGGACAAGGAUGCUGUUGCUCGCGUCUGCUGUGACCACGCCAACUGCGCCUACGUUGUCGGCCAGCCCAAGACUCCACUUGUUGUCGAGCCUGAGGCUGUCAACGGGACCGAGCUGGACGCGCCGAGCGACGAGGACCUCGAGGAGACCGCCGCGCGCGGCUGGGUGUCGGAGCGUGGCAUUUACCACUUCCACGACACGCAGAUCCACGAGGAAUCCGGUCUUGCCACCGACGCUGACUAUCAGACCCGCGCCACUGUGUCGAGCCGCGUGCGUACGCUCAUGCAGCGCUACCGCUGUGGCCGCUACCCGUGCUUCACGCGCGACCUCAUGAUCGAGAACCGUGUUGUCAACAGUAUCUCUAGGACCAGGCGGCGUGAUUGGGGCCGUGCCUUUGUCGGCAACUACCGCCAUCCGUCGCACCACUGGGACCGUUUCAACGUUAUUUGCCCUUACCAGGGGGCGACCGACAUCUUUGGCCGCUCUGUCGGCAAGGUCAACGAAGGUCUGCACGACGUCAUCGUCAACCGGAUUGUGGCUGUUCGCAUUGCUCCCCUUGUGCGCCGGUAUGGUGCGAGCAACUCCCGGACCAUCCGGUAUCGCUCUUACCUUGUCCGUUACUUCUCGCGUCUGCGCUCGCUCAUCCAGCGUGCCCUGAGCCGUCCGACCACCACCUGCUACCGCCGCGGCUUCAAGCCGGUUCCCGCCUUCUCCGUCACUACCAUGCCGCUCGCUUUCUAUCCGGGUAGCAGCAACCGCCGCUGGGUGGCUUACAACCCAGUCAUCUACAAUGAUGACACGCUCGUCACCAUGUGCCGCUGCCAGUUCAUCCGUCCGGCCCCGCCUCCGCCGCCACCGCCGCCGUCGCCGAUCUCACCGCCGCCGCCGUCGCCGAUCUCGCCGCCGCCGCCGCCGCCGCCGACUACUCCCCCGCCGCCGCCGGUUGCCCAGGCCGCAAAGGACAAGCUCAUUCCCACGUCGAAGGAUAAGGCCAAGGCGAACGAGAAGAAGAUCCGCGAUAGCGAUUGCUGCUGCAACAAGAAUGAGGACUAGCGAGCGCACGCUGAUUACCUACUGUACAUAGAUAGACACUUCCACAUCAAACGCCUUUCAUUUUCCCAA